UUCAAUUAAGAGAAAUCCACACCUAGCGUUCCAUGAAAUAGUCAGUGACUCACCCAACCAACAGGCCAAAAAGGUAACCAAAGCUCCAAAAGAAAGAAAAAGGAAAAAAAAGAAAAAAAAAGAGGAGAAAAUGCGCUGCCGUGGCCCACCGUCGUGACCUCGCCGCCGGCAAGGCCUCCCCGGUCCAUGGACUCCACCGCCGCCGUACUCGCUAUCCUCAGCAAGCUUCAGUCCCUCGGAUUCUGCGCCGGUCUCAGGAUCCCCGACGACGCCGCGGCCUCCGACCCCUCUGGGGCGUUCGACGCCGUCCUCGCUGCGUUCCUGCGCGAGGCGUACCCCGGUGGGCGCGAGGCGCGGCCUCUCCCGGCGGCGCUCGGAGAUGGGGGCCGCCGCGUCGACCUCCUCCGGCUCUUCCUCGCCGUCCGAGAAGCGGGAGGCUACGCCGCCUUGUCCUUCUCCCCCAUCGGCGGCGGUUGGGCGGCCGCCGCCGAAUCCGCCGGCCUCGACGCCGCCCUCGCGGCGCCGGUCAAGCUUCUCUACGCCAAGUACCUAGGCGCCCUAGACCGCUGGAUCCAGAGGCUCGUGGAAUUGCAUGGGCCGUUCUUGGACGGCUUUGGGAGGAAGAAGCAAGAGCUGUUCAUUGGUGCUAAUGGAGUGGGGAAGGGAGAAGCGUUCUUGGACUGCGAUGAGAGGGAGCAGCAGCAUGUGAUGUUGAAGAGGAAGAGGGAGGACAUGGUCGGGAUGCUGGAUUGGGUGAGGGAGAUCGCCGAGAAUUCCCAAGAUGGUGAUGCCAUUGCUGCCGGGUCUGCGGAUGGGUACUUCUCACUGGCUUUGGCGGUGAGGGAGGCGGUGAUUGGGAAGAGGGCUCGCCGGCGGAGAACGAUGAAUGGCACACUUCCUCAGGUGAUUUCGAUACCUUUGAAUUUAUUUACAAUGGCCUGCAAAUGCUGUAUGAGUGCUACCAGUGUUCGAUUUGGUGCCAAAGCAAAAUGCACUGAAAAACUUCAACUUAUGGCUCAUCGCCUUGAUUCGGAUAUUAAUGAAUUAACAACAGUUGUAAAGAAUAUGAAUGGUUCUUUAAUGGUCUUAGGACAGGAGAACAACUUGGCUGGACAAGGGAAACAUGAGAGUAGGAUGCAGCAUAACUGUUCUGAUGGUUGGCUUUUUACAAGCCAGAGGAAUGAGAUACCUGUGGGUCCUGACUAUCAAGCACAGGUGCCACAAUGGACUGGUGAGCUGCCUGUAAAUUAUGAUGAUCCAGAAACGUUGAAAUGGUUGGGCACAAAGGUCUGGCCUCCGGAAAAUGAAAACUGUAAAGCAUUGUUUUGCAGCAACCCUAUCGGCAAAGGUAGAGAAGUUGUGUGUGGCUGCAACCUUCCAGGAUCAGUAGAAUGUGUUAGGUUCCAUGUAGCAGAACGAAGACUUAAGUUGAAACGUGAACUUGGUUCAGCUUUCUAUGCGUGGGGAUUUGAUCGUAUGGGUGAAGAGAUUGCACUUUCUUGGACUGAUGAAGAGGAGGCAAAUUUCAAGGCUGUAGCACAACUUAAUGCCCCAUCUUCGGGCAGGAAUUUCUGGAACCGUCUCCACUUAUUGUUUCAAUUGAAGGGAAGGAAUGAACUUGUGAGCUAUUAUUUUAAUUGUUUUCUACUUAGACGGAGGUGUUAUCAAAAUAGGAUCACUCCAAAGAAUAUUGAUAGUGAUGACGAGGAAGAGACAGAAUUUAGAUUCUUGGGUAAUCGUCUUGGUCACAGUGCAGCUAAGUAUCACAACACCAAGCACACCAUCUGCACUGAAAAUACACAUUGCAUGGAUUUGGAUGGUUAGUUGCUGAUCAUAUUUUACGUAGCUGAUCGAGGAUUGGUGUUAAUUCACUUCAGGCUUGUUGGGAGGCUGAGCUGAUGAUGUUCCACUCAGUGAUGUAGUUGCAUUGCUGACUGUGCACAUGAGUUGCCUCAAGACAAGCAUUGGAACAAUUCACUACACUGCAGUAAAUGGAUUGGAGCCAGAUCCGUGACCAAACUUGAAAGUCAAGUUCUUAUGGAGAAGCCACGUGAUACUGUUCAUUGAGCACUUACUUGGAUGUAUAUCCAGAAAGUGAGAAGUGCAAUGAUUUGGCAGCAUUGUUGUUAAUGCUUCCUUGAAGGUAUUACGUGUAUCUGGUCUUUUCUUAGUUUUUUUUUUCCUUUGUGAAUCAUUAACUUAUCUUAUCCAGUAAGUUUAGUUGUUAGUAGCAUGCUCUAUGUUCCUUUUGUUGUAUUUCUCUUGAUAGGGAUGGAGCGAAAGAGCAUGUAUGUAGAGGCUAGUCUUCUGAAACUAGUGUGUUGUUUGUUGUAGAUCCAGCUCGUUGAUGAGAACCUUAUGUUUAGUCUUCUUUUUCAACAUGUUGAUGGUAGGCUAACCAUCUUAUCUU